UUUGACAACAACGGGCUGUCUUGGGUUUACUCUCAUCCUCUUCUACUCCCUCCCCACCAUCAUCGUCGCCUGUCAUGCCUCCCCCCUUUCACCUCCCACGCGAUCGUCCGGCUGACGCCGUGUCCAACACAUCCACUUCCAAGCAGGGCUCUCAUUACGCAAACAUGGGCAAUAUGAAGGACACAGACAAGAAGAGCAAGGAGCCUGUUGAGACAGACGCCACUGAUCGCCCCAAAGAGGAAGCUGCCUCUGACAAAGAUACUGAUAUCAUCGAAAGGCGCCUACAUUUGGUAGAAAUCCUCAAAGUGUUCUCGAUUGUCCAAGCCCGCAUCCCGAAUGGCGACUACGGCCAUCUUCUCCUCCAGAUUUCUGAGGGUGAUUUUCCCAACUUUCCCCGGAGGAUUACUGCUCAGUAUGACGGUACCCCUGGGCCCCCUGAAGUAGUCUUCAUAACCGAGCGUACCCUGUCCACGGACGAGAUCAUCGCCGCUAAUCGCGAGCUGCCUGAACCCAACUGUGAGACAACCCGCCAGCACAAGCUGUAAUCCGACUUCACGAGUGUGGCCUUCACCCCCUCGGUUCACAGACAGGUCAAUCCAAAGGUCAAAGUCCUUCUCGGCUCCUGAAGCCCUGUAUUGGCAUUCACUACAGUGUGAUUUACCGCGCGUGUAGUAGAUCUGAGAAGAUCAGGACCGAUGUUACACUUUGCGCCUGUUUCGCUGCAAACAUGGAAUCACGAACUUGGAUAGCAUUACAUUAAUUACACCGCGUGCUUUCCUCGCUAGCAAAGUCUGGAU